AUGUCACGUCUAACGACUAAAACUUCUCGGGUAUUUGGUAAAUCAUCUCCAACUAAAACUAAAACUACAACUUCAGUAUCAGACAAUAAUAAUUUAAGGGUUAAAAUUUGGAAUUCAGACACGAUGCAAUUUGAAAUUUCAAUUGCGGAUGGAAUUGCUGCCUCUGCAACAUCUAAUUGUCAUCAAACAGUAACAACUAUAUUAAAACAAACCCCAUUACAGAGGUCUGAUUGCUAUGAAACGGAAAAUAUAUCACCGGCCAUUACAAUUCAUCAGCCGAUUUUUGAUUCCUUUUCCUGGAACAUCCAAACUCAAUUGGUCAUCCCGAAGAGUACUUGCGUCAAUUUAUCUUCCGGCGAUGGCGAUGGGCUAGGACGAGUCUUGUGCCUAAGUUGA